UUCUGUCAUUCUUAUCCUCCACCCUUCUCUCUCUCCCACUUUCCUUCUCUAACAUUCUUUCUCCCCCUUUCCUUAUCUCAUUCUUAUCCUCCACCCUGCUCUCUCUCUCUCUCUCUCACAAUCUUCUCAUCCUGACUUGUAUCCACCUCUCUCCUCCGCACAGAUCCACCUCAUGGAGUCUGACCCCACUCACUUCACAGCCGGCCUGGUCACCACCUUCAUCCACUUGGACCUGACCGACCACAAGUGGGACCUGGAGAACUGCUUCAGGAUCUGCGAGGCCUUGUGCGAGUGCAGGAUUCGCCCUGACAGCUGCCUCACUUUCUGGGACUGUGUGGUGCUGGCGGCGCUGGUCUGCGAGCGACUGGGCCUCUGGAGCAGCCCCACCCUGGCUGUGUGGACAGCCAAACAGAAGAGCCAAACCCACCUGUGCCUGCUGGAGGGGGCCCCUGAGGAACCCAGCCAGGAUGAUUUCCUCCCACCCUCUCCUUGCCAUCCCCUCUCAUCCUCAGAACCCACUCCAGAAUGCUGCUACUGAUCUCCUCGCUUCCUCUAAUUCUCCUUCUGCUUCUCCUUCCAACACCACCAUUUCUGACAUUGCCGACAACCGAAUGAAUCUCGCCGAGCUGUCCGGCAAUCCUGUCCGAGGUCCCUCCUUGGAAGCAGCUGCACCAGUUGAUAGAAUUUCCAAUCUCUUCCAGGAUUCUCCUCUAACUUUGCCUCUUCCUUCCCACCCCAUUUGAACCCCCUCCCCUCACAUCUAUGCCGUGCUCUGCUGUCACAUCGAGCCCAGUGCUGAUAUAGAGAAGGCAGCCUAGCUUGUUUCCUUCCCGGCCGUUAUGAAGCUGGAGUACGGGGCCGGGGCGGUGGGAGCGAAACUUGUUGACUCUCAAGAAGAAUGCCAAGCCCACUUUGAGAAUAUCUCCAACAACCUCCUGGAAGAGAAUGACUACACAGGCAUCGGGUUAGGUUGAGACAACACCAUGACCCUGAUGGAGUACAUCUCGUGCACGGAAUAUGACGUCGACCUGGUCCUCUUUGGCCUGCAGAAAGUCGCUGCCUUCAUCUCCGACAAUGGCCCCACUGGAGUCCCGAACUUCACCGUGACGGCAGCUGCCAUGCGCAGCUGGUUAAAGCUGCCCUCUUCUGCUGCCUGGGCUGCAGUCUGAAAGAUGGAGUAUUCAAUGUGGAGAUGAAUAUGACCCCCACGAGACCCAGGCUCAUCAAGAUCAAUGCCAGGAUGGGCGGCUACUACCUCUGUGACUGGAUCCGGGUGGUUUACGGGGCUGACCUCCUCUUCAUUGCUUUCACCAUGGCUUGCAGGCUUCGCCCCAGGAUUCCUGAUGUCUCCCCGCCACUGUGCCACCUCAUCGGGGUCAUGUGUAUCGUCUCCCAGCCCUGAAGACCACCGCCAGCUCGGAGGUGCUGUAUCUCCUGCAUUCCCGAGGGGUGAUCCAUCUCAACCAGCUCAGUGACAGGUUGAUCUCGAGUGAGUACAAGGAUCCCUAUUGCAACGUGGCCUGUCACUGCCAGGAUUGAGAUGACGCAAGGCUCCAGCUGCUCAGCAUCUGCCAGAUCCUGGGGAUUAAUUCUCCCGGUUAUCCUGUGUCUUAUUUCUUGUCGGAUUUUAAAUAGUUAGAAGCUUGGAGAGGGGUUUUGUCUUUUUGGAUAGUCACAGCUUGACAUAUUUCAUGCUUUUAAUCAUAGAGAAAAACGGGUUCGAGCAUUAAAUGAAUUUAGGUUGAUCCUUGUUUAGAUAUAUAUUAUCAUGUUUUUUAAUUGUAAAAUCUGAUCUACUUUUUCUAACUUGGCUUUUUGUAUGUUUUGGUCAGAUGACAAUAAAAAACAAUAUAUCCCUGUUUUUCACUGGGUGUGAUAUUCUUACCUCAUUUUAAUAAAUAAAGUCCAGUUUUUUUUAAGUAAACUUUCCAUCUUUUUAAAUUAUAGAUAUUAAUAGCACAAUAAUAACUACAAAGACUGCAGAAUUCUGUUGAGGUUUCUUCGUUUAUCAAAGCUAAGCUUUGUUAUUCUAACAACGUGAACGCACAUACCUUUACACAUACAUAUUUUCCUUAACUUCAAAUUUGUCACUUUGACUGCCUUUCACAAAUGCAUUUUUAUUUUGA